AUGAACAAUUUAGCUGACAACAUGAUAUCUCUGAACAAUAGAAAUGUGAUAGACGAAGAAGUCAUGCAAAGCGUAAUACUUUGGAGUAGGAAGAAUCUGGUGAUCCACUUACGGACUUUACGGUUCAUGUUGUUGCCAGAGAAUCAAUCAACAGGAUACAUGUCACAGAAACUCAAUUCAAUUUGCUUUCAUAAUUUACAACAUGAUGGUUUUGUUCAAAAUAAAUGGUUUAAGGAGAUACUGUAA